AUGACCGGCUUCAAGCCAGGCUUCUCACAGGUCCUGUGCAUUGUCCUCUUGUUGCUUCCAAGAGAUUUGACCCCAUUCGAAGCUGUUGCCGUUACGCCAGGAGCCGUCGAGCUCGUAUUACCAAGUGGAUCAAGCGAGAUCUCCGGCUUGGAAGCCACUCGGUCUGAAUUUUCACCGGUAUCUCAAGUCGGCAAAGCUCUCGACCACCGUGAUGAGCCCCAAGACGACACGAGGAAGACUCAGGGAGUACCAAGGCUCAAUAGCAGCACCUCUCCGGACGGCCUCAAGCUUUUAGAAAUGCCCCCUCAAGAAAACUCUGGUUCUGCGGAUUCAAUCUACGCACCGCCCACGAACACGGAAAGUCGAGAUAAUGCUCAAACGGAGCCAGUCAAGGCAAAGAAGAAGCAAACCAGAUCUGCAGUAGAACCUGCCAGUGCCGCUAGUGGCAGCGACGACGCCGAGAGUCGUGAUGUUCAUGUGCAUGAUGAAGAAACAACCCCAGUGGCGGCUGGGAACGCCGAACAACAGAAGGGUUAUACUCCUCACACCAGCUCCGCUAAUUCGUACAACCCCGAUGGAGAACACCCCCUGUCAGGAUUGCAAAAUCAGCCGGGCGAGGUGGACCCAGGAUACCAAUCGGUUCCCUAUCAUGCCGACUAUCACUACACUCCCGCUUCGGAUCAAUCACAACUCCACUACCAAUUACAUUACUACGAUGUCUGGGUACCCGUAACAGCCUUUCAAGCAAUCCGGAACUUCGUGUAUCUCCCUAUGCUGAAAGAUAAUAUUCCAUCCGUCUCCGAUCAAUCGCAUGCUCACACCGGACUUUCCACUCCAACCUACAACCCUGAUUUUGAAGAGAACUUUAGCCACUCACUACCAGCCAACGGUCAAGCCGUGGGUGGUCCAUCUGGCUCGCGACGUUUUCCCUAUCACAAGUCGAAGUCGUCCAAUUUCCCUCCCAGAUUGGGGAAAAAAAAUUAUCGGUACGACAAAGCCGCGUCCCAAUCGAGGACUAAGAAUCGUGUUGACUCAGCGACCGAUGCUCCUAACGAAAAUAGACUACAAAGCUCCUCCAAUCUGGAGACCUCGGGAGGAGAAAGUUCAUCUAGUGCUGCAAUAGGCGAAUUGGCCCAAGAACCUGAGAUACCAGUUGCAGAUGAGUCAGACAAUCUUGCUCAGGGCUCAUCUCCAAGACCAAGGGAUAAAUCCACAGCGACUGAAGCCAAAAUUAAAACUGACGCUCACGAGACUCUUGAAAAUAAGAUGGAAGCUUCCGAAGCCAGAUCUUCUACUCCAGAAGUACGCCAUCAAACCACUGAUUCACUCAAGCAAGCCAGUAAGAAAUCUACCCAAGCUUCGCAGAUCACCUCAUCUCAGCUGAAAAAAAACAAGCCAAAAGAUUUCAAAAAUUCCGAGAGAGUUUCGAAAGCUCUGGGACCAGCUGUAAACCUUGAUACAUCCAAGGCAAAUAAAUCCGUACCUGGAGAAAAUAUGUCUUCGGCCUCAGUUCCAGCUGCUGAGAGUUCUUCGCAUGCUAGAAUUUUUGUUGGCGAAGGUAUUGCUCCGGAAGGCCUAGAGCGCGAUGGUGCUCUAGAAGCCGUGGAAAGAGUAGACCAGGUGCCCAGUGAGAACAAACUACCAACUCAUCGUGACCCCCAACUUCAAGAAUCAUUGCGAUCUCAGGGAAAAGCCGCAACUCUUGAUGCUGCAGUUACGAAGCUAAAUGUGGCUAGUUCCCAAAAAACAGCGGCACGCCCCAGUUCUAAUCGGGAUCAUUCCCAACCUCCGAAAAAGAAUAGAUUUGCAGCUCUUGAGCAAUUAAACAGCGCGGUUCACUUAUCUGAGUCUGGUGAUCGACCAGGAGCGGCUGAGCAAUUCGAUAAAAGCGAAAAUCAUCAAAAGGAAGGCAGAGAAGCGCCUGAUGGAAUAAGCAACUCUGAACAGGUUACUACUGCCUCGAAGAAAACGGAUGAUCCCAGGAUGAUUCUGGAUUCUAUGAGGUCUUACCUGAAAUCUGGAGCGAAUUUGGCUCUCGGCGCUUGGUACAAGGUCCCAAGUCUCCGACCAUCAGUUCCAUCAUUCCACUUUCCGCGAUUCACAAGGAGUGAACUUUUACAGAAGCUGGUGGAACAUUCACCAUCCUUCCCCUCUGGAAAAACGCUUUGGGGUUUCUUAAAAAACUCCAAAUCGAAAUUUGGAAAUAUAGUUGGAAGAAGAAUAGGAUAUCACAAUCAACCAGUAUCUCUUCAGCUCAAGGAAGAACCAGCUCAAGCGAUAUCUACAGCAGAAAAGAAACCUAUCAAAGGAAAAGAUGUCUCGAAGUCUUCUGGUUCUUCACCAGCACCUUCUCUGAAGUCUUUGAAUUCCAAAUCACGCCAAUCGCCGAUCAGGCCUUUAGGUGAAGGAGACCCACUAAGUUCUGGAGAUUCGGAUGGACGGCUGGUUCUGAAUUUAGGCAAAUCUGUCGAAGGCGAGUCGAGUUCAAGUUCAAGAAAGAAGAAAAACCUUCGAUUUAAGCCCAACGAAGACGAACUCUUACCCGAUUAUGUCAAGGAAAUAAAGAAGGCUCGUUUUGCUACGCCUCCGCAAGUUGAGUUAGUGAGAUUGAUUGGGAAGUUUAUGAGAGGGGACUCAGUGGGAAGCUAUACCCCAGUAUACUUGUACAAAGAGGCAGUGCACUUGGACAAAAAACCAGUUGACAUGGAUCGGGAAGCAGCCCAAGACAUAGCGGACCUCCAAGCAAUGGAGAAAUAUAUGGGUCAACUUGUUCAGAAAAAAGCAGACGUCAAACGUCCGCUGAACUGGCUAAUUGAUAGAAUUGGUAACAUCGAAGGGAACAGAAGGUGGAAAGCACUUAGCAGACAGUACAACCAACCUAGAAUGCUGAUCAGAUGGAAGGAACUUAAGGGAAAGGUUACAGAUUCUCGCAUACUAAGAGUAGGAUGCGCCCUGGAACUGGACCACCAGUGGCCAUCAUUUUAUGACGCUACUUCUUCCGAUUUGAUGUUGUUGAAAUCCGCCUUCCGGGAUGAAAAGCUUCGUAAAGAUUUCGAGGCCAUCGUGGGUGUAGAUGAACUUGAAUAUAGGCUACAUACUAUCUCUAAGAUGCUCCGUCGCGUGUAUCCUCGCAACUGGUUACAUUCAAGCGAUCUGAAAAUAGCUUACCAACAGGGUCUCGAUACACAUCUUAUCGUUAUCGUUGGCGAUUUUCUGCAGUUUGGAAGGAACUACCUGAGUCUUGGAGCCAAGCCCGGGAUUCCUUCAUAUCGGAUGGUUCACCAACUCUUUCUCACAAUCUGGCAUAACGAGAGGAUACCGUGGGGCACCUCUCCGGAGAAAAUGUGGCUUCUGAGCGAUCCAAAAAGAGAAAAACUUUACACCGACCGGUAUCAACGUCUGAAACACGAGUGGAAGUACGAUCGUGCAGAGGCCAACGAUGUCAUCAAUUUGACCCUUCCCUUGGAAAACGAGAUGAAAGACUUUUCGAUUGUAUGGUGGAACUUAUCGGACGCAAUAGAGUGGGCAGAAUACAAGAUGGAUCCCCUAAAGAUGGCGAAAAUUGGCUUGAGAUUGGGAAUACCUAAGAAGAGAGAUGAGGAGGUGAAUUUACCAAUGUUGGAUGAAAUUUUGGAUGAAGACCAAACAAUUGCAAACGAUGUGCGGACAACGAUGAAAGAUUGGUUCAAAAAUAAUGCCAAUUCACCAUACAACCAACCAAUCUAUGAUGGAGAUGUGAAAGUUGAACCACCUCCUCUUUUUUCAUUAGGCCGCCUUUCCGAAUUUAGAGAUUAUCUAGCAGUACGUCUGCAUCCAAUCCGCCGCUCUGGCAUAGUUUGCCCCUUAAUCAAUUGA